GCCUUCCUAGUUCCCAAUCUGUCUGUCCCUGUCUCUGUCUCUGUGUGGAUCGCUCGCCGCUCUUUCUUCUCACCGCAAGAUUUGAUUUUUUAUCUCAGGCGACGGCGUGAUUGAGAAGAAAAGAGAAGAAGAUCGGUGAGAUCAUAAUAUAAUAUAAUAUAAUAUAUGUCACCUCUCCAUUCCAUAGUGAUACAAAAGCUCCUGAGCACUAAUGCCCACCUGGGUCGACGAGUGGUUGCUCACCACUUCAAGGUCUUCACCUAUGGCAGCCGCAAUUCCAUGGCUGUAAUUGACUCCGACAAGACCCUUAUUUGUCUACGCAAUGCUGCCCAAUUCAUCUCCGCCCUCGCCCAACAGAGGGCUCGCUUCAUGUUCGUCAACACCAAUAGCCUCUUUGAUGAAAUCCUGGAGCAGAUGGCCAAGAAGAUUGGCUGCUACACCCCCUCCAUGAACACCCUUUGGCGCACUGGCGGUUUCCUCACCAACAGUUGCAGCCCCAAGAAGUUUCGCUCCCGCAACAAGAAGGUCUGCUUCGGUCCAACUCAACCCCCUGACUGCCUUGUCGUCUUCGACACCGAGAGGAAAUCCUCUGUCAUCUUGGAGGCUGACCGUCUGCAGAUUCCUAUUGUCUCCCUUGUGGACUCUGCAAUGCCAUUGGAGUACUACAAGAGGAUCACUUAUCCUGUUCCUGCUAAUGACUCUGUCCAGUUCGUCUACUUGUUUUGCAAUCUCAUCACUAAGACCUUCCUUCUUCACCAGAAACGAACCGCUUCCUCUGCCACUGCUCUUGUUGCCAAAGAAGAUGCAGAUGAUGCUCGAAGUGAGAAAGAGGAAGGACGGAAAAAGGCCAGCCAAACUCACUACAAGGACGAUGGAACGCUGUUUGUUCUUCCUUAUGAAAACCUGCCUCCUUUCACUCCCAAUGUAGCAGAAACUAAAGAGCUCUUGGAUAAGCUCGUUGUGGUGAAGUUUAAUGCAACUUUAGGCACGGAUAUGGGAUUCGAUGGCCCCAAGUGCAUGAUAGAAUUUCAAAAGGGGUUGACGUUUCUGGACUUAUUUGUUAAACAAAUUGAAUCUCUCAAUUCCAAGUAUGCUUGCAACCUACCUUUGCUUCUUAUGAACACUACCAGAACCCAUGAAGAUAUUGAGAAGGUCUUGGAGAAGUAUUCCAGUCGCAUUGAUAUCCAUGCAUUUGAACAGAAUCAACAUAAGGAGCUCAAUUCGGAUGGUGGACAGAGUGGGAAGGAUGAAUUGUAUACUUCUGACCAUGGUGCAGUACUUUCCUUAAUGAACAGUGGAGCUCUUGAUUUUCUCUUAGCCCAGGGUAAGGAGUAUAUCCUUGUGGUUAGCUCAGAUAAUGUGGCUGCUAUUGUAGAUCCAAAAAUAUUAAAUCAUUUGAUCCAAAACAAGAUUGAAUACUGUAUGGAGGUGACAUCAGCCUCCUCUUAUAAUUCAAGUAUUAAAAAAGACAAUUCAUGCCAACAAAAGUUUGAGCUCAAGGAAAUCGUGCAAAACUCUGUCAAAGAUUCAAUGGAAAAGUUCAAACUCGUCAACACUGGAAGCUUGUGGAUGAAUUUGAGAGCCAUUAAGAAGCUUGUGGAUGCUAAUGUAUUGAAGAUUAACAUCUCUGUUUCAACGGGAAGAGAUGGUGAUGAUACUUAUGCCAAAACAGCAGCUGGUUCAGCAGUAAAAUUCUUUGAUCAUGCUAUUGGUUUGAAAGUUCCCCAGUCCCGAUUUCUUCCAAUUAAUUCCACAUCCGAGUUACUUCUUUUCCAGUCAACUCUUUACACUGAUAAUGAGGGUUUUCUAGUUCAGAAUAAUCCCAAAGCUAAUACCAGAAGUCCUUUGGUUGAAUUAGGACCUGACUUUGAGAAGGUUAGAGACUUUCAAACUCGCUUUAAGUCCCCUCCAAACAUCAUGGAGCUGGAUAGCUUGAAGGUGUCAGGUGAUGUGUGGUUUGGAACUGGUGUAACUCUGAAGGGGAAAGUAACAAUCACUGCAAAACCUGGUAUGAGGUUGGAAAUCCCGGAUGGCAUAGUGCUAGAGAAUAAGGAGGUCUGCAAUCCUGCAGACAUUUUGUAAAGUGAAUGGAAUAAACAAGGUGAAGAGUAAAAAAGUAGCUGGCAAAUAUAUAUUUUAGAGCCCUGCAUUCAGUGUCAUGGUAAAAUGCUAACUGCAGUGUCUGUGCUGGUGCGUGCGAGGUAUUUACGGAGUCGGUGCUCCCAUUCAAGUGCGUUAUUUGUUGUAUGAGGAUAGCGUAACGGGAGAAAUAUAGUGUAGGAUUUUGUUGAAGGUAGCAGGAGAUCUAUGAGCCGUAUAAAGCUUUAUUUAUAGGACUAACAGGCGGGAAUACAAAAUAAUUAAUCUUCGUUUUAGAAAUUUGAUCCAUUACAUGAGCCAGCUAAUAAAUGGUACAUCAUCAACGGCAGGAAUACCAAAUAAGCUUUGUUUUUAGACAUUUGAUUUAAACGGUAACGGUAGUUCCAUUAUUUAAUCCUUUUACGUAAAAUGGUGGUGGUAGGAUCAUUUUCCGGGGCUCUAUUACUGUUAAACCCUUGGAUGUGGUUGAUUUGGUGAUGGUUCAGCAAUCGGAGCCUGAACUCAAUUCGAAAGAGUUCAACUGGUAGCUGUUUGGAAGAUCUGUAAGAUCAAUGUGCCUGUAUGCUUGAUUAGCCUUGUGAGUUUAAAUAUUAUAGUUUCCAGGUAACUAGUUCAUUACAAGCAGCAAUUUCAUGAGCUUUCAUGAAGCUUCACUUGCAAAGUAACAACAUUUUAUUUUUAUUUUUCUCGUUU